AUGUCCCGCCUCUACUCGUUGCUUGUGCGAGGAAAACCGGGCUGCUGCGUCGUUUCUGUCCCUCAGUUUCGUGCUUAUGCCAAGUCACCAAAUGCUGGUCCAUCUGGCUAUUGGCUGGAUGUCGUCUCGUCAUCGUCCACACUUGUACAUUUGAAGUCCACAUUCACAGCGUAUGCAUCCCGUUAUCCUAGUCUUGGAGAAGGCAGCACUGCGACUCCAGAAGACGUGGUUGCUGAUUUCAUAACUCAUUUGUCUCACACAUUUCCCCGUACGAAGCGAGCCACACAUGCGAUGUGGGCCUGGCGACGCAAUGGAUAUAUAGACGCAGCUGCAAGUGCAAGUGGCUCUCCGGCUACCUUUGGCUGUUCUGAUGGCGGCGAAGCAGGCGCGGGUGAACGCCUCUCCCGUCUGUUAGAGCUCUCUCGGUGCAAGGAUGUCAUCGUGGUUGUCUAUCGCUGGUAUGGGGGUGUGCAGCUUGGAUCUCAACGGUGGAAGUGUAUCUCUACUGUGGCCAAGGAAGCCUUACAGACAGGUGCUUUUAUACCUGGCCCCGGUGACUCGAGCGACGCUGCAUCUAAAGCUGGAAGGCGAGAGAAGACAAAGAGAACAUCGAGAAAGAGGUAA